AUGUUAAAAAAAAUUUCAUUUUUAUUUUUAUUAUUUAUUUUUUUAAAAUUAGGAACAUCUUUAGAAACAAAUAUUGACAAUGUGGAUUUUUAUAAAAAUCAAUACUAUCAAGAUAACACCCUGUACAACAUUGAUGAUAUAAAAAAACUAAGCACUCCUUAUUUAAAGGAUUUAACUUUGGAUCAAUAUCUUUCUAUUGCUAGAGGUUUUGUAAAGGGUUUACAGAAUUUUAUUAAUCCACAAAAUGCUGAGGUUUGUUCAAAUUACUUAAUUAAUACUAUAAAUCAUUCCUCAAUGGUUUUUAAUGAAGGUCAAAAUUUUUUAUUGGCUAAUUCAAAAAAAAUAAAUCCAAAUAGUAAUAUGAAAGAAAAUGGUCAAGUUAGUGAAAAUACUCAAAUUAGUAGUAUUAUGAACUAUAAUGAAAUAAACAAUGUAAUAGGAAGUUAUUAUAGUGAUGAAAAAGUUAGAUAUGUAAUACUCCAACUUAAAAAUUUUUUGAUUAAUUUAAAGAAUUUAAACAAUAAUGAAUGUAAUGAAAAAUUAAUUUUUGAAAAAGUGCAAUUCUAUAUCAAAAUUUAUAAAAACUAUGGUAUAGACUAUUUACUCGAUAGAGAGCUAGGGUUUUAUCAAAGUAACAAAUAUUUAUUCUCAGGAUAUGUUAAUAAAAUGAUGAUAAAUUUAUUUUUUGGGUCAUAUGAAAAUCUUGGUUAUAAUUUAGGAAGUUGUGUUGGGGUAUUUUUAAGUAGUCCAUAUGCAUAA